UUUCGUCAAUGUUAAUAUAUACAAAAUUGUUAUCUCUCGACAUUGAGUUACUUUUAAGACUAGGUCCACAUGAAAAACUGAAUGUGUGCUAGUCUUUAAGUGAUUCACUAAUGUUAUUUGUAUGAAACUGGUUCUACCUGGAUUUUCAGUUUUAAUUAGCAAAACAUAAAGGUGUGUCAUUCAUUAUAAAAAGGCUUUCGUACAACCGAGUCCCGGUAUUCGCUGGAAAGGAAAUAACAAAUUGACUUCUGUUUUUUCCCCAUCUGUACUUGCAAUCGGCCCGUUUUGAUUUUAUCAAACAUUUGUAUAUUUUCUAAAAGAAAUAUCACGAGUUAUUCUCAUUGCUUGGACAAAUGGAACCUGGAGAAACAUUUGGUAAUUGCGUCAAACGAAAAUUAAGUGCUAUUUCACUUUAUUCAAACUUUUCAAACAUCAGCUUUCAGGAAGAUAAUCCUAUUUUUAAUCGUUUAAGCAAUGAUGUCAACGAUUUUGAUAAUUCAAAAAAUGAUGUCAACGAUUUUGAUAAUUCAAACAAUGAUACCAAUGAUUAUAAUACUAAUGCUGUGAAUAAUGGUGAUUGUGCUACGAACAGAAGAGAUAUCGAUGAUGUCAACUUUACCAAUAAUGCUCAUGGCACAGAAAAUGACGCAUAUACAGGGGAUUCCAACUUGGGCUCUAUUAAUCUUGAUGAAAAUUCUUCUGUUACAACGGCCUCAUACCUAACAUUACCUUCAAUUUUUGACGAAAUAAUGAAAUAUCGAGGAAAAUCUGUGCGUUCAUCUCAAAGAUUUGACAUCGACUCUCUAGCAACGACUGCAGACACUGUUUACUCAACCCAUUCUGCUCGUCCUUCUUUGAUUGGUGAUCGUCCACUUGUACUGCAGGAUUUUCUUUUUGCAGUAGCAGCUUUCGCAUGCCAUUUGUUCACAAUUGGCAUUGCAGCAAGCAUUGGAGUAAUUGUUAUAGAAUGGUUACAUGAAUUCCCUGAAUCCAGAACAGUCUUACUUUCUAUACCACCUAUGACUUUUGGAAUUACAAGUGCAAUUGGUUUGUUUGUUGGUACUUUAAUGAACCAAAUUGGAGGACCUGGUGUGAUUAUUAUUGGAGGAUUUUUCCAAGGAUUAAUGCUGUUUGUCUCCGCGUUUGCUAAUAGUGCUUUCUUUUUGUUUGUUUCUGUUGGUCUUUGUUUUGGGAUUGGAUGUUCUCUUGUGUAUGUAACCGUUUUUGUAGUUGUUGGAAUUUAUUUUGGUAGCAGGGCAACAAUUUUCAUCGCACUUCUGUCAACAGCUGGACCAAUUGGAGCAGUUGUAUUUCCACUUAUUAUUCCCUAUAUUAUCAGUGUUUAUAAUUGGAAUUACUGCCUUUUCAUCUUGUCUGGAAUCAGCUUCAACGUUUGCCCACUAGGGCUGUAUAUAUUGUUUUGUCAGAAUCGUGCUAAUAAAGCAAACCAGGAAUACAUCAUUCAGCUUCCUAUUAAGCUGAAAGCCAGAAAAAAGCUUUUGGAUGUAACUGUAUUCAAUAAUUUCAUGUUUAACCUUUUUUUGCUCCCUCUUUGCCUGAGCUGUGGUUUUAUGAAUUUUACAUUUAGUAUUUACGCCAGUUAUAUGGAUAACAAAGGCUUCAGUCUGAUGCAAACCACUCAACAGUACUCCAUCUUGUGUUCUGCAUCAAUUAUUGCCAGGCUGAGUCUUGGUGUGGUGCUUCGAUUAACAAGGUGGAGAUUUGUGUAUAUAUAUACAAUUGUCGCAAUUGGAUUUGGAAUUACUAUGUGUAUUUCAACUGUUCUUCAUUCUUAUGAAUUAUUAGCAGUCUGCAAUUUAUUUGCGGGUCUGUUCCAUGGAGGUCCUUGUGGAUUAUAUCCUAUUGCUAUUUUGGAUUUUGUUGGUCCUGAGAAAUACAGUUCUGGUAUUGGUAUUACUGAAACAGCAAAUGGCGUUAUUACCAUCAUUGAAGGGUUUCUAGCAGGUGUUCUAACAGAUUUAACUGGGACCUAUAACUUGGCCAUGUACAUAUUUGGAGGUGUUAGUAUAUUUUUUAAUAUUUUGUUACUAAUACUUUUAGUAAAUCAGUAUCUCAAAGAUAACGAAAUAAACUUGAAACUGUUUUAAAUGUGUUUUUGUAUAUUUUUAAAAAAUUCAAGUUUUUGUAUAUUUAAAAAAAAUUCAAGCAUGGCCAAAUUAUUUAGAACUUCAUUUUGCAAAUAUGAGAUCCUGUAUAUGAUUCCAAAGUAUAAAAUCUUGGGCAAGUGUCUUUUACCAUAGUAAAAGUUUUAUGAGGUGAAAUUUUUGUAGACCAAAACUGUUUGAAAGCCUGUGUAAUAUACUUUACCUGUAAUUCAAAGAGCCAACUUUAUCAUACAGUUUCACACUAAUUUUGCCUGAAAAUUGUAUUUAGAGUAUACAUACCUGUGGAAUAUUCGCAUGCUAAUUCCAUGAUUAGGCCGUUCCAUUGAUUGAACAAUUGGAACUUUCAGCUCUGAAAAUAAUGGAGAUCCACUGACAUUUUUACAAUUUCUAUUUUUACACAAUAUUUUAAAAAUCGUAUAUUAUAUUUUUAUAUUUAUUUUGUUUUUAAAUAAUAAAACAAUUUCCAUUAUUGCAUUUUGU